UGGUAAAAUUUGAAAGGGCGGGAAAACUGUAAAGGCUUGGCUCAAGAUGGAUGCUAGGAGACAACUCUUGUUGAUACUCGAUACCGAGUCCUCUCGUCCUCUUCCUCAAUGGAAAGAAACCUUGUUCGCCUUGUCCUGUAGGAUACUGCUAAACUCUAGCAGUCUUCCUAGUUUGAUCAAAUGGAGCUACAGAAUUAUUGAUGAUAACAAUAGAGCCUCUUUUAAUGACCUUACGUUGAAAAACCUACAUGCUUUAAAGGAAAGGCUUCUUAAUCACAGCCAUACUCCAAAAGACCAAACCCCUAACAAACUCUAUCACUCAUUGGCUCUCUCAGUCCAGGGGUACCCGUGGGACGCCCCUACAAUUGAUACUCCUAUUGUGUCUAAAAGACUAAGACGAAAGAGCAAGACCUUACAUUCAUCCGGUGAUCCUCAUGCAAUCAAUAAUCACAUAUACUUAAUGUCCGAGUUGUUUUCAAGGAAGGUUGUGGAUGGUGACUCGUUUGACAAAUCGGUUUUAAAUGUUGCUUUUCCAGUUGAUCUACAAAGUCAAUUAAUUAAUAAAAAUAUAACAGUUAAUGUGAUAUGGGUACCACCCACUACUGCUGAUAACGAGAUCUCUUCUAAUCUGAAAUCUCUAAAGUCAUAUUUACAAUCAUUUGGAGGUAACGUGCUCCCUCUCUCUGCACUGCUGGCCCCUCCCAUUACUCCGCCUACUGACACACCCUCACUGCUCCUACCACCAGAGACAUAUCUCAAUAAACCAGCUACUACUAAUAAACCUUAUAAGCCACACCCACCCCACCUGUUAUAUAAUACUGACGGUACUGUGGUGUGUUACAUUAACGUUUUCCCAGUAUCUCAAUCUCUCCCAUCGAUAUACGCUAACAGCUCGCUCCAGUUAGUACCAAUUUGGGUAGCAAUUAACAGGGACAUCCCCUUUGACCACUUGGUACUGAAUGAUGCUGCAUUAUGCAUUGGAGUGAAUGGCAGUAAUAGCAGUGAAUUAUCAGUGAGAUUCAAGAAGCUGUGUGUGUGGCUAGGAAGUAAUAGAUAUUCAUUGAUACUAAAAGUAUUCAAUGGAACCAGUGAUGAGAAUGAAGUGCUCUUAGUGUUACAGCCCCAGACCAGUCUAGCCUGUACAUUACAUCAGAUCUCCCCUAUAUAUUCGUCAGUGUAUGAUAAAGUGGUACAGGCUCCUCCCAUUGGCACACCCACUGUAGUAAAGACUGGUACUGAGUCUAGAGUAGUCUCAGAUGCUGAAAUAUUCACACCAGUACAUUGUAUGCAGAAAGAAAAAGAUGAUGUCUGGUCUAGUCUGCUCUCUCCUCCUCUCUCUUCUCCCCCUCCUCUCUCUUGGGAUCUGAUGACCCAAUGGAGCUCAUUAACACCAGACUAUGGUAUCCCCUCUGUGCUAAUGGAUAACAUUAAAAACUACCAUGAUGAUUCUAAUAAAGUAACAACUACACGUACCUCAACAAGGCUGCUAGAAGAACUACAGUGCUUUUAUUCGCCUAGAUUCAUUGAUGAUGAUACAUGUACAAGUAAUAAUGGUGACACAGAGGUAGAAUGUCCUCCAGUUGUUAAAUUUGAUGACAUUAUACAAGAUUUUUCAGAUAAUCUGUCAAAAAUUGAUUCACUUGAUCCAUUGUCCGUACUACAGUCAGUUCAAGCUUCAGUUAAUUCAUUUUGUAAAGGAUCAGUUAUUAAUGAUGAUGGAGAGACCAUGUCAAAUGAGAUGUUGUGGGAAGAGAUCAAACAAAGAGUACUAAUGACUGACUCUCAAUUGAGAGAUGAGGCCAGUAAUGAAACAAAACGUAUUAUACAAAUAUUGCUCCAUUUUGAAUUCUAUUAUCACUUUGAAAAGAAAGAGGAAGAGGAAUAUGUAACAGAAAUGUUGGUGCAGCUGCUAAGAAGCUACUCAUUGUUAUACUCUCCAACGUCAGCAGGGAAACUAUUAGAAAACGUCAUAGUACCAGAAUAUAGUAUAAAGACUAGUGAUCUAUUACGAAGCGUGUUUGAUGGAUUGAUGAUGCCGCUACCACCUUGUCUCGGUUCUCCGUCGUCCUCCGGUUCCCGUACACCAGUGCCAUUGUUCAGGGAUGCCUCCAGGGAAGAGGAGGAGGAAGAGGAGCUAGAGUGUCCCAGAUCACUAGAGUCAUUCACUGAAGAACCAAUACUGAGGAACACUGGUUUAGCUCGAAGGGCCAGUUUACAAGGACCAGCAUUGUCUAGACAGAUUAGUAUAUCAAAGAAAUCUAAAGUUGAUAAUGCGUCAAAGACUGUCUGUAGAAGGAGCUUGUUUAGUCUGAAUGAAGUCAAGAUGGAGGGAGGAGAGAGAAGCAGCAAAGGAAGGAAGAGACACAGGGAAAAGUCAAAAGAUGAUGUAGUUGCAAUGGAGACACCUGUCAAGAAGCAAGUAGAAAACUAUCGUCUUUUCAAAUUACAAAGAAACAGAAGUAAACUAGGGCUGGACUCAAUGGAAGAAGUGUCAUUUAUUGAUGAAUCACCUCAACGAUCAUUUUAUUCCUCAAAAUUAAAAUUAACUAACCAGACUGACAUACAGUUCAAUACACCUCCAUAUAAACCAAGUGGUAAUACAGUACUCAAUAAGGAUCCUUCUCCUGCUGUCCUUCAUUCAUUAUUACAUGGAGAAUGGGUGACGCCCUCUACCACAGACACCACGCCCACUAAUAACCCAACCACACCCACAAGAUCUCGAGCCCCGCCCCAACCACAAUCCCCCGACAUGUUCACUGAUAAUAUUUUAAGAUCCUAUGCCAGUGCAAGGACUCUCACUUACUCUCCUCUUGCUGCUGCUGGUUUUAAAACUCCUGUCAAAUCAGAGUCUUUUAGUUCAGACCUCUCUGUUCCUACCACUCCUCUUCGCUCUAUUUUAAAGACUCCAGACAGGACCACGCCCAAAAGAAAAAGCGUUAGUUUUGGCGAGAGUGAUGAAAGCGUGUCCAUAGCAACAAUGUGUGUCCCACUAGAGGGGGACAGUGCUUCAAUGAUGGCGUAUAAUUUGAGUACUCCCACUAAAGAUAAAAUAACUGAUUUUAAAGGAUUAUUUUAA